AUGGCUGGCACUAAGCUAGUAGCGCUUGGCUUCGUUGUUCUCUUGAGCAUGGGAUUAGCCAAUGCUGCAAGGGUUGCUAGGUACUCAAGCUCUGAUGGAGCUGGAACUGGUGAGGGAGGGGGUGGUGGGUAUGACAGCGGUAGCGGCUCGGGGUCUGGGAGUGGUAAUGGGUCUGGUCAUAGUGAUAGUAAUGGUGCCUAUGCAAGUGCCGGAGGAAGUGGCGGCGGUGGUGGUUCUAGCCAAGAUGGUGGAUCGGGAUAUGGUUCUGGAACUGGCUCAGGUUCCGGCUCUAGCCAAUAUAGCAAUGGGGAACAAUCUGGUUAUGGUGGAAGUUCUAGCGCUGAUGGGAGUGGUGGUGGCGGUGGGGGAGGUCAGGCUGGAGGGUAUAAUGGUUCCACUGGCAAUGGAUAUGGUAGUGGCACUGGCUCUGGAUAUAGCUAUGCUAAUAAUAACGAGUAUGGGUCAAACGCAGGUGCAGGCGCCAAUGGUAUUGGUGGUGGCAAUGGUAGUGGUGAGAAUGGUGGGAGUGGUGGUGGUGGAGGAAAUGGGUCUGGCGAUGGUAGUGCGACUCCGUGAUUUUCAUAAUUCAAACAAUGCAAAUUUGGAGCCCAACUAAUAGUGUUGGUUGUUGAAUUCGUAUUUACUCCUAUUUCUACUUCGUGUCUUCAUUAUGUAGCUGCAAAUAAAGGGCUCUACUGUU